UAUGUAUAAUACCAUGAAUAUUAUAGUGUAAUUUCAACAAAAACUGUGAAAUCGACGACAGGUGUGUAUGUUUAGUCGUGUGUUAUAACCUGUACACAUCAUAAUACUGAAAUCUAGGACAAGUGUCUGUUUUACUUCUGUAAUAUGAACUGUUGUACAAACAACUAUAUCAAUAUAAUCUGUGAAUAUUGCUGUAAUUUUAACAUAAACUUACAAACUGGACAGUCUCUGUUGAAACUGGACAUAUAGAUAACUUAAUAACCAAAAUAUGUGAAUAUUUGCUGUAGUUUUUACAUGGACUGUGUCUAACUGUGUUGUACAUAUCUAUAAACAUGGCGGAAAGAUGCGAUGAUACACAUAUCUGUAGUAUUUGUUUAGAGGAUUUUACUAAACCUAAAAUACUGCCAUGUUUUCACACGUUUUGUGAACAUUGUAUAGACAAUUAUAUCAAAGCACAUUCACAUCUCAACAAAUUUAAUUGCCCUAAUUGUAGAAUAGCGAUUCAAGUACCAUGUAGUGGUGCAAGUGGGUUUACAACAAACAUUUACAUUCAUCCAAAGGGUGAAACACAAAAUAAUUUCUGUACAAGACACAAGAGAAAAGAAGUAGAAUUUUAUUGUCGUGAUUGUUCUGUUGCUGGUUGUGGUAGCUGUGUUAUAUUGGAUCAUACAACUCACUCAAAAACAGAUCUUUCUGAAGUAGACCAAGAAAUCAGAGGAAAGUUAAACAUUAUAAAGCGGGAGUUAGAAGGGAAGAUUGAUGAAGUCGAGAAACACUGUGAAUCGUUAAUCAAUCAAAUAUCUGACAUCAAGAACCAAGCUACAAAAGCCUGCCACAAUGUUGAUAUACAGGUUCAAAGAGUGUGUGGAGAGGUCACAAAACAUGGCGAUGAGAUAAAAUGUGAAAUGAAUAAAAUUUGUGAUGAAGAAAGAAAAAAGUUACAGACAUUACAUGAAGAUAUGAUCCAAUUCAAAAGUUCCCUACAUACCAGUGUUACAUAUAUAAAUGAGGUGCUGAAUGGUAAAUCCACUGUUCCAGUUGUAAAUGCUUUAACCAAUGCACAAACACUGACUGAAGACAGCAGAUCAACCAGUUUCGAUACACCCCUAUUACGAUAUGUUCAUUAUCCUAUGGUGAAUGUAGAUGUUAAAACUUUACAAACGUUGCUAGGAGAAUUUAAAAUAAUGGAGUCACCAACCUGGAUUACUAGGUUUAGUUUGAAUGAUAUAGUUAAGACAGAUACCAACUACAGUGGUGAUGAAGAAAUAAUAAUACAAGGAAUGUCAUGGUCUGUAAACGCUGAACAUCGUACCGGUACAGGAUUAUGUUCGUUUCUGAAUCUGAAUGUAGCAGAAGAUAAAACAGUUAAAACCGUUACAGCUAGUUAUAGCCUGAAACUAUUAAAUAUAAACGAUGUAAGUAAAUCUAAAGUGGGACAAUUUACAUGUACAUUUACACCAGGUAAAGGAUUUGGUUUUAUCUUUAUAGAGUGGAAUAAACUAGAGGAUGUGACGGAAGGGUUUAUUAACAAUAAAACAUUUGAUAUACAGGCAACUGUACAAAUAAUCAGCAUAGAACGAUACUGACAUUUAUAUUACAGAACAUAGUACGAUAGAUGGGUGUCAUCAUAAUACAAGGACAUAUUUCUAUUGUUAGCCCAAUAUAAGGACAUAUAUCUAUUGUUAGCCCAAUACAAGGACAUAUCUCUAUUGUUAGUCCAAUGCAAGGAUAUAUAUAUUUAUAGAAUUACAUAACAUACUAUGAUCGGUGUCAUAUAAUACAAGGACACAUCUCUACUGUAAAAUAUGUUAGUUCAAUCAAAAUCAAAAGGGAACUUGGUUAUUUAUAUGUCAAAUGAAAUAGAUUUUAAUGUUUAGUUAUUUAUAUGUCAAAUGAAAUAUAUUUUAAUAUUUAGCUUACGCCUGGUCCCUGGAUCCCUUCACUGUAUUUGAUAUUUGUUGUUUAUUUCUUGUAAUGUCUGUAGUUUAUCUUGUCCCCAGGUUUGUUUUGUCGAUUUUGUUUUGUGUGUAGUGCGGUCCUCCUGUGCGUACUAACAGAAUAAGGUGUGCAUCAAAAGUCGUGUGUGCAAUGGUUACGUGUGCAAUGCAGGCAGAAUAAACAAACCAGCGCCACCUAUAAUUGUUGGAUAACAUCUUUUGAUGGGCCUGUUUUUAACCUGGCUGAAUCCUAGCUUGAAUAUAAUCAUAUAUAUUUGAUUCUUAAUCAAAUGGCAAUCAGCGAUUUUAAUUUCGGGGUCUUACAUAUUUUAUUCUGAUGAUCAUUGAGAACAUCUGUAGCGGCACAGGUGAGUUCUGGUGUAUUAUACAACAACCUGAACUGACCCUGAUAAACAUGUAUCAUGAUAUCAGGUUAACCAGACAUAUAGAAGUGAUUUUACCGCACGUGUUUCCUUGUCAAGUGCAGGACGAAAGCCUGCCUCAAACAAGUGACAAGGUUUUAUUCCAGCAUGUGUAUCAAAUUUUAUCCCUUUUAUGCACAAGGGGAAAAGUUGAUGCAGUUUUUGCUUCACCACUGUUGGUUGUUAAUAUAAAUUAUAUAUUAAAUUGUUGUGUAUAUUUAUAAGGGAAAGUAAUAUUGUCAUAAUUAUUAUAUAUUUUUAUUUUAUGAAAACCAUGUUACUUUAUAUUUUAUUAUAUGUGUUUAUAUUAGUAAUAUUAAUUUUGGGGUUUUUUUUUUAUAUAAAAGCCAUAUUAUAUUUCAUUUGAAAUUGGGUUGAGCAACAGGCUAGGCCUAUGUUGACCUCUCUAUUAUUAUAUUAUGCAGAACAUAUUCCCAGUUCUGUACCCAAGAUCUCAACCUUGUGAAAACCGCUAAUUGAUUGCUUGGUAUUAAAUAUAACCGCUAUACAGUGGCUGCUUUGUAUUAAAUAAAACCGCUAAUUGAUUGCUUGGUAUUAAAUAAAACCGGUAUACAUUGAUUGCUUGUUAUUAAGUAAAAGCCCAAUACAGUUCAUUGAUUUAUUGCUAUUAAAUAAAACCGAUAUAUUAUAUUGAUUGCUUGGUAUUAAAUUAAACAAAUUAUUUCAAAUAAAAA